AUGGGCAAGACUAUCAUCCUCACUGGUGCCUCUCGCGGUAUCGGCUUAGCUGUUGCUAAGUAUCUCUUGCAGGCGCCACAGUCCUGCAACCUGGUGCUUGUAGCCCGCACUGAGGCUCCGCUGCUGGAGCUGAAGGAGAAACAUCCAACCCAAGUUCAGGUCCUCUGCGGUGAUGUCUCUGACUUCUCUCUUGCCCGCGAGGCGGUUGCCUAUGCCCUCAGAUCUUAUGGCAGACUCGACGGGCUGAUCGUCAACCAUGGCGUCCUCGCACCCGUUAGCAGACUGGAGCAGUGCGAUGUUAAAGAAUGGAGCAAGGCAUAUGAUAUCAAUCUAUUCAGCGCUGUGGAAUUUGUGAAGCAAUGUAUCCCGCACCUCCGUUUGGCCCGCGGACGCGUCGUUUUCACGUCUUCUGGCGCAGCAACAGGACCGGUGAACGGAUGGGGAAUGUACGGUUCUUCCAAGGCCGCGAUGAACCACCUCAACAUGACCCUGGCCCACGAGGAGCCUGAAAUCAUCUCGGUGGCUAUCCGCCCAGGAAUGGUCGACACCCAGAUGCAGCGCGAACUCAGAUCUCAGUACAUCGACACGCUUGGCCCCAAGGACGGCUCUCGGUUCGUUGCCGCGCACGAGGAAGGGAAGCUGUUGAAGCCAGAACAGCCCGGCACCGUGAUUGCAAAGCUGAUCCUGAGCGCCCCGCAGGAACUGAGCGGUAAAUUUCUAACCUGGAACGACGAGGUCUUGGCCAAUUACCAGGCUUGA